CAUUCUGCCGGAAACGGACAAGAUUAUUUAGCUCUUCGUAAUAUACAGAAUUCGAACGCGAUGAAGGAACCUGAAGUGGAUCCGAAGAAUAUUAUAAAAAGCAGAGAAUUGCUUUACAGGCUUAUGAUCAGUCAAUUAUUUUAUGACGGACAUCAGACAUUGGCUGUUCAAUUGUCAAAUAUAAUUCAAGCAGAACCACCAUGUCCUCCGUCCGAUCGUUUGCUCCAUUUAAUGUUAAUUGGAUUAGCUCAUGAACCCGAUCGUUCUAAAAAAGAUACAAGUAACUUAUCUUCAUUUCCUUCGACAUUUGACAAUACUUUGGGACCUGGGUUAGAUUUAGAAUUCGAGACAGAAGCUCAGACCCAAGCUCCAGAACCAGCUCAAUAUGAAACUGCCUAUGUUACUUCUCAUAAAGGAAACUGUAGAGCAGGAGCAUUUUCUGCGGAUGGUCAAUUAAUAGCAACUGGAUCAGUCGAUGCAUCGAUUAAGAUUUUGGAUGUUGAUAGAAUGUUGGCAAAGUCUGCACCAGAUGAAAUGGCACCUGGAGAUCAGACAGGUGGUCAUCCAGUUAUAAGAACAUUGUAUGAUCAUUUAGAAGAAGUGACAUGCCUGGAGUUUCAUCCAAGAGAACCUAUUCUUGUAUCUGGUAGCAGGGAUUUUUCUAUUAAGCUAUUUGAUUUUAGCAAGGCCAGUGUGAAAAAGGCAUUCAGGACUAUUACAGACGCAGAUCAGAUACGAUGUUUAUCUUUUCAUCCAACUGGUGAUUUUUUAGUUGUUGGAACUAAUCAUUCGGUCGUGAGGCUAUACGAUGUUAAUACAGCACAGUGUUCUGUCUGUAGCAUACCGAGCCAUCAACACACUGCUGGAAUAACUAGUAUUAAAUACUCUCCAGAUGCAAAAACUUACGCAUCGGCUGGUAAAGAUGGAAGUAUCAAAUUGUGGGACGGUGUAUCGAAUCGUUGUAUAAAUACUUUUGUUAAGGCGCACGACGGUUACGAAGUAUGUUCUGUAACGUUCACGAGAAAUGGAAAGUACUUGUUAUCAUCGGGAAAAGAUUCUUUAAUAAAAUUAUGGGAAUUAUCUACUAGCAGAUGUUUAAUAGCAUAUACAGGUGCUGGAACCACAGGCAAACAAGAACAUAAAGCACAAGCUAUUUUUAAUCAUACCGAAGAUUAUGUAAUGUUUCCCGACGAAGCUACAACGUCGUUAUGUGCUUGGAAUUCUCGAAACGCGUCCAGGAAACAAUUAUUGUCGUUGGGACACAAUGGUCCAGUAAGAUUGAUAAUUCAUUCCCCGACUGCUCCAGCAUUCUUGACGUGCAGUGAUGAUUUUAGAGCAAGAUUUUGGUUUAGAAGAAUGCCGACUCAUUAGAUUGGCAUUGAGGUUUAGAGGACAGAUAUUUGUUUCAAAGUUAAUAAUUUCACGAUUGAUAUUAUGUGUGGAUUUACGUACGAUUAUCGAACAAGAAAAUUAGAAAAAGCAGACGUAUAAUGAUGUGUGAACAAUUGUACAAAAAAUUGUCGUAUAACAUCUUUUUCAAUGGUCGCAUAUUUAACUACUGCGC